CCCCCCCCAUCGCCGGUAACCGGGACCCCGCGGCGGCUGCGCUGUCCCGCCAGCCGGGACCCCGCUCCUCCAUCCCGCGGUUACCGGGAUCCCUGACACCUGAGCGUUCCCCCCGCACGGUCCGCACUCCCGGACCCGCCCCCCCCCCCCCGGCCCCCCCUUCCCGGUAGUCCCCGUUAACCCCUUCCCCCCCACUCCGUUUGCGCCCCCCGUCCCCGUCUGUCGCCCCCGGUUCUGCCCCGCCGGGGCCCGACUGGCAGCUGCCUACGGCCGGGAUGAGCCGCCGCGAUGGAUGAGUUCCACCCCUUCAUCGAGGCGCUGCUGCCCCACGUCCGGGCCUUCUCCUACACCUGGUUCAACCUCCAGGCCCGCAAGCGCAAGUACUUCAAGAAGCACGAGAAGCGGAUGUCCAAGGAGGAGGAGCGCGCCGUCAAGGACGAGCUGCUGGGCGAGAAGCCGGAGGUCAAGCAGAAAUGGGCCUCGCGCCUCCUGGCCAAGCUGCGCAAGGACAUCCGGCCCGAGUGCCGCGAGGACUUCGUGCUGUCCGUCACCGGCAAGAAGGCGCCGUGCUGCGUGCUCUCCAACCCCGACCAGAAGGGCAAGAUCCGCCGCAUCGACUGCCUGCGCCAGGCCGACAAGGUGUGGCGCCUGGACCUGGUGAUGGUCAUCCUCUUCAAGGGCGUCCCGCUGGAGAGCACUGACGGCGAGCGCCUGGCCAAGGCGCCCCAGUGCGCCAGCCCCGGCCUCUGCGUGCAGCCCCACCACAUCGGCGUCACCAUCAAGGAGCUCGACCUCUACCUGGCCUAUUUCGUCCACGCGCCAGAUUCCGGACAAUCCGACAGCUCCAACCCCCAGGGAGACGCGGACAUCAAACCACUGCCCAACGGGCACCUGACCUUCCAGGACUGCUUCGUGACCUCGGGGGUCUGGAACGUGACGGAGCUGGUGAGGGUGUCCCAGACCCCCGUGGCCACGGCGUCGGGCCCCAACUUCUCGCUGGCUGACCUGGAGAGCCCGGGGGGCUACUACAACAUCAGCCCCGUCGCCCUCGGCCGCCGGCCCCUGGGACCCCCCACCGCCAGCGGCCCGAAGCGCCCCAAAGCGCUGGACGAGGGGGACCUGGAGGGUCCCGGGGACGACGUCUUCUACCCCGGGCCGGGCCGGUCCCCAGCCCCCGGCAGCAGCCAGGGGCCCUGGGGGGGGGACGUUGACACCGGCCCGGCGGCGCUGAAGAAGUCGGGCAAGUUGGAUUUCUGCAGCGCCCUGUCGGGGCACGGCGCCGCGCCCCGCAUGGCCUUCGGCCACCACCCCCUGCCCGUCCUGGCCGGCGUCCGCCCCGGACUCGCUCAAGGACUUCGUGCAGUUCGUCUGCGCCGACGGCGCCGCCCAGGGCCCCCAGCCGUGCGGGGCGCAGGGCCGGGCCGGGGGGGCUGCGGGGGCCCCCCUGGCCCGACCCCUGCCCCUGCCCCCGCCGGAGCCCAAAGCCCCCAGCGGCCCCCCGGGCGGAGCCCCCGCCGCACCCCCAUUCGCAGCGUCAGGCGCCGCCGCUGCCCCCCGCCUUGUCGGCCUCGGACCCCGCGACGGCAACUUUCUGAGCCUGCCCCAGCAGCAGUCCUGGUUCCUCUGACGCCGCCCCCGGACGAGGAGAAACCGCGCGGAAAAAAGGAGAAAAACCGAAAAAAAAAAAAAACCCCCGCAAAAAAAAAAAAAAAAACAACCCCAAAAAAAAAAAAACAAAAAAAGCCGCAACCCCCCCCCCCAUUUCCUCACAGCCCCCUCCCCCAAAAAAAAAAAAAAACAAAAAAAAAAAACAACAAAAAAAAGAAAUCAAACCCCUCCCCCUCCCCCCGCCCCCUCCUCGCCGCCGUCCGCCCCCGCGGGGGGGGGUGGGGAGGGGUCUCCAGACCCCACCCCCACGACGUGGAUGAGGGUUCGGCCUCUCUGAUGUGUCCCCCCCCCCCAAAAAAAAAAAAACAAAAAACCACAAAAAAAAAAAGCCCCCCCCGCGCCCCUCCCCCCCCCCGGCACACACAGGGUCACCCCGGAGGGAAAUUGUGGGGAGGGGGCGCGAUGGGGGGGGGUGGGGGGAUG